CCCGAGCCGUCCAAACACAGAGCUUCGGUCGUGCUUCACCACAGAUCCCCGCUUCGACUGACACAGACCGUAAUGUGGUGCAGCAGGACAGCGCUCGGGAGACUGCGGAAGAUCGCCCCGUGUACCGUCACCGGAUUUCCUCGCGCGAUGUCCACGUUACCGAAGGUGUUCGUCACGCGCAAGGUGCCGCCGGACGGACUGGACAUUCUACGCAAAUCCGGACAGGUGGAGUUUGAGAUGUGGGAAUCUGAUGACCCUAUACCUCGUGUGGAGCUGCUGAAAAAGGUCAAAGGUUGCGAUGGAAUUCUGUGUGUACUCACAGAGAAGAUUGACGCACAGCUGCUGCAAGCUGCAGGUCCAAACCUAAAAGUCCUCAGCACUAUGUCAGUAGGCUUUGAUCAUCUUUCUCUGGAAGAGCUCAAGAAAAGGGGAAUCCGUGUGGGAUAUACUCCAGACGUUCUGACGGAUUGUGUGGCUGAAUUGACUGUUGCCUUGUUACUCACUACAUCCAGAAGACUCAUUGAGGCCACACACGAGGCUAAAACGGGUGGCUGGGGAACGUGGAGAACUUUGUGGCUAUGUGGUCAUGAACUUGCAAACAGCACAGUUGGCAUCUUGGGACUCGGGAGGAUUGGUGUGGCUAUCGCCGAGCGUCUGAAGCCAUUCAAGGUGAAGAAAUUCAUCUACACAGAUGUGACGCCGAGACCUGAGCUAGCAAAUAUGAUAGAGGCGGAAUACGUGUCUUUUGAUGAGCUGGCAAAGCAGUCGGAUUUCCUGGCUGUAUGCUGUGCUUUGACUCCAGAGACUCAUGGGAUCUGCAAUUGGAAUCUCUUCUCCAAGAUGAAGAAAAACGCCAUCUUCAUCAACACAAGCAGAGGUGGAGUGGUUAAUCAGGAGGAUCUGUAUGAAGCGCUCUCUACCGGUCUGAUUGCUGGAGCGGGGCUGGAUGUCACCACACCUGAACCACUGCCCACACACCAUCCUCUUUUCACACUCAAAAACUGCGUGAUUCUCCCACACAUUGCCAGUGCUUCGUAUACAACACGCAACGCCAUGUCUGCUCUUGCUGCCAACAACCUGCUGGCUGGACUCAGGGGAGAACCCAUGCCCAAAGAACUUCAACUGUAAAACUAGACAGUUAAAUAGUAGUUCACACGACAAUUAAAUAAAACCGACUUAUGGGACACAAAGAGA